GGGCCGGGGGCGGGUGGUGCAGGAAGCGGCGGAGGAAGACGAGGAGCCGGGCAAGGCUGCGGCGUCUGUUAAGCUUCGGCUGGGGGGGGCCGCACUUGGAGCCUUUCUCUGGGGCCAUGGCGAGCUCCAAGCAGCAGCGCAUCGGCGGCAACUCCGGGCAAAUCCAGGUGGAUAGUGGGCCUGCUUUAAAUACCAAAGAUGGAGACCAAAACGUCACAGAAACAGAUGCCCUUGAGAGAAGCCAACCAUUUGAUCCAGAAGCACAAUACAAAAUGAACCACAGGCGAAGAGGGGUUGCUUUAAUCUUCAAUCAUGAGCAGUUUUUCUGGCACUUAACACUGCCAGAUAGACGUGGCACACUUGCAGACAGAGACAAUCUGAAACGCAGUUUGACAGAGCUUGGAUUUGAAGUCAGAUGCUUUGAUGACCUUAAAGCAGAAGAGGUUAUGCGGAACAUUUAUGAAGUGUCAAUGGACAACCACAGUGAUGCUGACUGCUUUGUGUGUGUGUUCCUGAGCCAUGGUGAAGAUAAUCACGUUUACGCCUAUGAUGCUAAAAUAAAAGUUCAGACAGUGACAAACAUGUUCAGAGGAGACAACUGCCCGAGUCUAGUAGGAAAGCCUAAAAUAUUUAUAAUUCAGGCAUGUAGAGGGGAUAAACACGAUGACCCAGUCAUUGUUCCGGAUGCAGUGGACAGUAUUGUAGACCAGUCCAAGGUCAACGAAACUGAAGUGGAUGCUGCAGCUAUAUAUACUUUACCUGCUGGUGCAGACUUUCUGAUGUGCUAUUCGGUUGCAGAAGGUUACUAUUCUCAUCGUGAAACUCUAAAUGGCACCUGGUAUAUUCAAGACUUGUGUGAGAUGAUAAGAAAGUAUGGUUCUUCCUUGGAGUUCACAGAACUUCUCACUCUGGUUAACAGGAAAGUAUCUCAUCGCAAAGUGGAUAUCUGCAGAGACAUUAAUGCAAUAGGAAAGAAGCAGAUUCCUUGUUUUGCCUCAAUGCUGACUAAAAAAUUGCACUUCUAUCAAAUAUCAAAGUAGAUAGGCCCAUCUGAGAAUGGCAUCUUAUUCAGAUUCACUCCAAAAAAUGGAAAAUAUCUUCAUCACUUAAUCUUGUAGUCUAGAUCACUGAGUGAAAGGUUGUUCUCUUGUUCAAUAGAUUAUAACAUGAUUUUCAAUGUAGCUAGAGAACUACACAGUUAUUCACAUCAUGCAUUUUCCUCAACAGGACUAUUUACGAAAAUGCUGGGAUCAAAUUUCAGGAACCAUAAUUUAAAUAUUUUUUAAAAACCUUUCUAUAUUAGAAAUUAUUAUUUUGUUCUAAUAAAUCAGCAUUGCAGCAACAGCAGUCUCAGGGAAUUUUGGGGGAAAUAAUUGUAACAUUGAUUUCUGUGUAAUAAAAAUUUUAAGGUGCUCAGAUCCGUUGGUAAUAAGGGUCAUAUAAGUCCUAAGAGAGAAAGCACUUCUUAACCAAUUUUUUAAAAUGUUCUGACUUGCACUUGAGUGAUACCUUGUCUACUUUCUAACUGCAUUAUAGCAUUUUGUAACUUUUUUCACAAAACUUUUAAAACUGCAUUAGACUAUAAAAGCUGUUUUUUUCUUCCACUGACAUUAAUUUAUAGGGAGUGCAGCUAAGGUAUGUUUGUAAUUUUUCUGUAUCUUAAAAAAUAUGUAACACCUACAACACAUUAAAAUGUGCAGUGUGUGUUUCA